AUGAGGGUGGUGCUGCAGUGCACCAGCACCCUGCUGAAGGAGCAGCUCAAGCUCUGCCUGGCGGCCGAGGGCUUCGGCAACCGCCUCUGCUCGCUGGAGCCCACCUCCAACGCCCAGAACGUGCCCCCCGACCUGGCCAUCUGCUGCUUCGUGCUCGAGCAGUCGCUGUCGGUGCGGGCGCUGCAGGAGAUGCUGGCCACGAGCUGCGAGGCGGGGGCCGAGUCGUCGCAGGGCGGGGGGCACCGCACGCUGCUCUACGGCCACGCCAUCCUCCUGCGGCACUCGCACAGCGGCAUGUACCUGAGCUGCCUCACGACCUCCCGCUCCGUCACCGACAAACUGGCCUUCGACGUGGGGCUGCAGAAGGACGCGGCCGGCGAGGCGUGCUGGUGGACGAUGCACCCCGCGUCCAAGCAGCGCUCGGAGGGCGAGAAGGUGCGGGUGGGCGACGACCUCAUCCUCGUCAGCGUCUCCUCCGAGCGCUACCUGCACCUCUCGACGGCGAGCGGGGAGCUGCAGGCGGACGCCUCCUUCAUGCAAACCCUCUGGAACAUGAACCCCAUCUGCUCCGGCUCGGAGGAAGGCUACGUGACGGGCGGCCACGUCACGCGCCUCUUCCACGGCCACAUGGACGAGUGUCUGACCCCCUCGGCGCCCGAGCAGGGCGAGGAGCGCAGCAGCGUCGUGAACUACGAGGGAGGCGCCGUCUGCACCCACGCCAGGUCCCUGUGGCGGCUGGAGCCCCUGCGCAUCAGCUGGAGCGGCAGCCACCUGCGCUGGGGGCAGCCCUUCCGCCUGCGGCACGUCACCACGGGCCGGUACCUGGCGCAGACGGACGACAAGGCUUUGGCCGUGGUGGAGGCGGCCGCUGCCAACACCCGCGCGUCGGCCUUCUGCUUCCGCGCCUCCAAGGAGAAGCUGGAGGUGGUGGCCAAGCGGGACGUGGAGGGGAUGGGGCCCCCCGAGAUCAAGUACGGCGAGUCCCUCUGCUUCGUGCAGCACGUGGCCAGCGGGCUCUGGCUCACCUACGCCGCCGCCGACACCAAGGCCCUGCGCCUCGGGGUGCUCAAGAGGAAGGCCAUUCUGCACCAGGAGGGACACAUGGACGACGCGCUUUCGCUCACCCGCUCGCAGCGGCAGGAGUCGCAGGCGGCGCGGAUGGUCUACAGCACGGCGGGGCUCUACGGGCACUUCAUCCGGAGCCUGGACAGCCUGAGCGGGCGGGGCAGGGGGGGGCCCCCCCCCGCGCUCCCCAUCGCCGCCGUCAUCCUCAGCCUGCGGGACCUGAUCGGGUACUCAGCCCCGGCCGAGCUGCAGCACGACCAGCGGCAGAGCCGGCUGCGGGCGCUGCGCGGCCGCCAGAACCUCUUCCAGCAGGAGGGCAUGAUCACGCUGGUGCUGAACUGCAUCGACCGCCUCAACGUGUACAGCACGGCCGCCCACUUCGGGGAGUUCGCGGGGGAGGAGGCGGCCGCCGCCUGGAAGGAGAUCGUCAACCUGCUCUACGAGCUGCUGGCCUCGCUGAUCCGGGGGAACCGCGCCAACUGCGCCCUCUUCUCCACCAACCUGGACUGGCUGGUCAGCAAGCUGGACCGGCUGGAGGCCUCCUCGGGCAUCCUCGAGGUGCUUUACUGCGUCCUCAUCGAGAGCCCCGAGGUCCUCAACAUCAUCCAGGAGAACCACAUCAAGUCCAUCAUCUCCCUCCUGGACAAGCACGGCCGCAACCACAAGGUGCUGGACGUGCUCUGCUCGCUCUGCGUGUGCAACGCCGUGGCCGUGCGCUCCAACCAGAACCUCAUCACCGAGAACCUCCUGCCGCGGCGCGACCUGCUGCUGCAGACGGGGCUGGUCAACUACGUCACCAGCGUGCGCCCCAACAUCUUCGUGGGGACGCACGAGGGCUCGACGCAGUACGGCCGCUGGUACUUCGAGGUGGCCGUGGAGCGCGCGCAGCCCUUCCUGACGCCGCAGCCCACCCACCUGCGCGUGGGCUGGGGGGCGGCGGGGGGCUACAGCCCCUACCCGGGCGGGGGCGAGGGCUGGGGGGGCAACGGCGCCGGCGACGACCUCUGCUCCUUCGCCUUCGACGGCCUCCACCUCUGGACAGGCGGGGUGGCCCGCCCGGUGGGGUCCCCGCAGCGGCGGGCGCUGGGCGCGGGGGACGUGGUGAGCUGCUGCCUGGACCUGGGGGUCCCCAGCGCCUCCUUCCGCAUCAACGGCUGCCCCGUGCAGGGGGUCCUCGAGGGCUUCAACCUCGACACCCUCUUCUCCCCCGUGGCCAGCUUCUCGGCCGCUCGGCCGGCGUCAA